AUGUCCAUAAAAAAUUCUGCUCAAUUAAAAGAAGAUGGUACUGGCAACAGUGCAAACAAAAUGAAUGGGAGCAGCCAUCAAAUCGACCUGCCGCCUUUUGGUCAAUAUGCCACUGGCAUCUUCUUUUUGGACAAGCUACAUCAUGAGGGCAUCGAGAAUAAGUUCACAAACCUUGCCGAGAGCCUCGGACUCAGCGUGAUCUGCUGGAGGACUGUGCCUACUAACAAUUCUACCAUUGGUCAAGUGGCUCGAAACUCGGAGCCAUAUAUGCGUCAAGUGUUUGUUACCGGAGAUAACACCGACGAAAACCAUCUCGCGCGUCAGAUAUUCGUUCUGCGCAAGCGUGCUUCUCACGAAUUGGUGGUGCCAGGAGCGCGGUUCUACAUCUGUAGUUUGUCUCUGAGGACCAUCGUUUAUAAAGGACUUCUUACUUCGAACCAAUUAUGGGAGUAUUUCAAGGAUCUGAGCAACCCAGCCUUCACUACAUAUCUAGCGUUGGUCCAUACGCGCUUUUCUACCAACACCUUCCCAAGCUGGGAACGUGCGCAUCCUUUGAGAGUUCUUGCUCACAAUGGCGAAAUAAAUACGUUACGAGGUAAUGUCAAUCUGAUGAAAGCCCGCGAAGGUGUCAUGAAGAGCGAGCUGUUUGGUGAUGACCUGAAGAAGCUUUACCCAGUCGUGGAACCGAAUCUCUCUGAUUCUGGAUCAGCAGACUGUGUCCUGGAAUUUUUGCUGCAUUGCGGGAAUCGGUCACUGCCAGAAGCAGUGAUGACGAUGGUUCCGGAGGCUUGGCACAACGACCCCACCAUGCCGAAGGAGAAGAGAGAUUAUUAUCAGUGGGCCUCUUGCGCUAUGGAACCCUGGGAUGGACCCGCUCUAGUUACCUUCACUGAUGGAAGAUAUAUUGGUGCCAUAUUGGAUAGAAAUGGUCUGAGACCCUCACGUUUCUAUGUAACAAAUGAGAAUAUACUUGUGAUGGCGUCCGAGGUCGGCGUUUAUGAUGUCGAUCCCGAAAAGGUUAUUCUAAAGAGUCGUCUAAAGCCCGGAAGAAUGUUGCUAGUCGACACAUUAGAGAAGAGAAUGAUUGAAGAUGUUGAACUCAAGUUGAAGAUCGCCCGCAGUCGUCCACACUCGCAGUGGCUGAAGGAAAUGAAGUAA